GCACACUCCGGUAGAGAUGACAGGCUAGGUGUUACGAUCAACAUCAUAAAAUACUCGGGGCAUGGGUGGAGUUUCAACUCGUAUUCACCGACCAAUCCCGUCCACUGUUAGCCCAGCGGACGAUCCCAUUGGUUACAUCUCGUCUUGCAUCCUGAAGAGGGACUACAGGCGCUGUAAGAAAUUCGUCAAGAAAGGCACGUGGAUGAAGGUUGUGCAGCAGCAGAUAGAGCGCGGCCGCAACGGCGAGACCGGGGACCUACGGAUCAUGGACCUGCCAUUGCACCUGAUGUUUGCAGUCAGUCAAAACGGAUUGCAUGACCGCUCAUUUCUCAGGUUUUUGAGGCUUCUUCUGGACUAUGGUUAUGACCCGGAUGUCAUGGAUGAAAAGGGAGCAGUGGCUUUACAUGCCGCCCUCAUGAGAGUGAACUUCUUCAGUGUCUUGGUCUCAGCAAGGUUACUUAGAUGCAGAGAGGCCUAUACUACAAAAUUUGUAUUGGCAUUGUGCCAAUCUGGUGCUACCGUAAACCGCCACGAGAAGCGAGCAAACAGAACCCCUCUCCACUACGCCGCUAGGUGUAACCUCAACACCUGUGUUGAAAUAUUACUGGAGUACGGAGCCUUAAUCGAAGCUCAAGAUAUAGAAGAGAAGACGGCAUUAAGCGUGGCAGCCGAAUCAGCGGCAGUGGAGUCUGUGAGGUGUCUCCUUGCGAACCAGGCCAAGGUCAAUGUGCGCAGUCAGCGUGGACAGACGCCGUUACACCGCGCAGUGAACGGUUUACCGACAUCACGUGCCGAGAGGUGUGUCCAGAUGCUCCUAGCAGCUGGCGCCGACCCCAACGUUAAGGAUAUCAACGGGAAUACACCGUUACAUCUUGCAGCUCGUGGGCGGGCUGAGGGCUCCAUCGUGCAUCAGCUUCUCCUCUACGAAGCCGAUCCAUCCAUCCUCAACACAAUGCAUCACUCAGUCUUGUACGAGUACCUGAUUGCAUUCAGUAUACCAGACACUCUUGAAAUCCAUCCUCUGACCAUGGAACUCCUCGAAUCCUAUCCAGGGUUCCAGGCCUUGAUGGAAUGCACCCCUCGGUCACCCCGAAUGAUCAGAGACAUCAGUGGCCAGACCCUCUCCAUCCUCAACACGGAAGCUUUGAAACCCCUCCGUGAACAGUUCGAGGUUGAUGACAUGCCGCAGUCUCUACAGUACAUGUGCCGGCAGGUUAUCCGACUUGCUGUUGGAGUUGCACCCAUGGUUUAUUUCCCACACAUGGUGAAGGUCAUAGGUCUUCCACCUCUUUUGGAGCCGUACGUAUGCGGUGACAGCUAUCGCAAUGCAAUGAAGGCCCCUGGACUGAUUUUACGAGCUAAAAACUAAAAUAGUUAAGUCGAGUAAUGGG